CGCUAGUGCUGUUGCAACAACAGUCAAGUUUGUGUGUAGAUUAGCCGGCUGAACACAUAAAAAGCAGCACUGUCUGACUUGACUGUGACUGGCAGGUGGAAUAUAGUAAAAAACACCUUGUUAGUAUCCCGGAUAUCUAACGGCUACUACAGAUAUCUAACGGCGUACCGUCUGUUCUGAACCAGCGUAAACCGGAGCUGAAAUGCGAACGUAGCCGUUAGCAGGCGAGCCAGGCCGAGGAGAGCUGGCUGGCUGUAUCCUCCACCCAGACAGGAGCAUAAAUGUUUCACACAUACCAGUUUACAGAGCUUGUCGACGCUGGACAGGAUGCGCAAGGACGUGAGGAUAUUAUUAGUGGGAGAGCCCAAAGUGGGGAAGACAUCUCUCAUCAUGUCCCUGGUCAGCGAGGAGUUCCCAGAUGUGGUUCCCUACCGAGCUGAGGAAAUCACCAUACCUGCAGAUGUCACACCAGAGAGAGUUCCCACACACAUUGUGGACUAUUCAGAUGCAGAGCAGACAGAUGAGCAGUUGUUUCAGGAGAUCUCCAAGGCAAAUGUGAUUUGCAUUGUCUACUCUGUCAACAACAAGACAUCCAUAGAAAAGGUGACCAGCCACUGGAUCCCCCUCAUUACUGAGAACACAGACAAGGACAGCAGGGUUCCUCUGAUCCUGGUGGGGAACAAGUCGGACCUGGUGGAACACAGCAGCAUGGAGACCAUACUGCCCAUUAUGAACCAGUACAGUGAGAUAGAGACUUGUGUUGAGUGUUCAGCGAAGAACCUGAAGAACAUCUCAGAGCUGUUCUACUAUGCCCAAAAGGCAGUUCUGCACCCCACAGGUCCCCUCUACUGUCCAGAGAAAAAAGAUAUGAAGCCACUUUGCGUAAAAGCCCUGACUCGAAUCUUCAAAGUGUCUGACUUAGACAAUGAUGGGAUUCUCAAUGAUCAUGAGCUCAACUUCUUCCAGCGGACAUGCUUCAACACCCCACUAGAGCCUCAGGCGUUGGAGGAUGUAAAAAAUGUGGUGAGGAAGAAUUUGAGUGAUGGAGUGUGUGACAAUGGACUCACUCUGAAAGGCUUCCUGUUCCUACACACCCUGUUCAUCCAGCGAGGUCGACAUGAAACAACGUGGACAGUGCUGAGGAGGUUUGGAUACGACGACGACCUGGAGUUAAAUCAGGACUACCUCUUCCCUCCGUUGAAAAUUCCUCCAGACUGCACCACAGAGCUCAACCACAAUGCCUACCUCUUCCUCCAGAGCGUCUUUGACAAACAUGACAAGGACCGUGACUGUGCCUUGUCACCAGAGGAGCUGGGGGACCUGUUUGAGGUUUUUCCCUACAUGCCCUGGGGUCCAGAUGUCAAUAAUACAGUUUGCACUAAUGACCAGGGCUGGAUCACCUACCAGGGAUAUCUCUCCCAGUGGACGUUAACAACGUAUCUGGAUGUCCAACGAUGCUUGGAGUAUUUGGGUUACCUUGGUUACUCAAUAAUUGCUGAGCAAGAGUCCCAAGCAGCAGCAAUUACUGUGACCAGAGAUAAGAAGAUUGACCUGCAGAAGAAGCAGACCCAGCGCAGCGUCUUCCGCUGUAAUGUCUUUGGAGACAUUGGCAGCGGCAAGAGCGGCUUCCUCCAAGCCUUCCUGGGUAGUAACCUCAUGUGCCAAAAAAUGAUCAGAGAGGAACACAGAUCCUACUAUGCCAUCAGCACAACCUAUGUUUACGGCCAGGAGAAAUACCUUCUUCUUCAUGAAGUGUUCCCUGAUUUCGAUUACCUGUCUGAUGCUGAUCUGGCCUGUGACGUUGUCUGCCUGGUCUAUGAUGUCAGCAACCCUUACACCUUUGAAUACUGUGCCAAAGUCUUCAAGCAAUACUUCAUGGAUAGCAAGACUCCAUGUAUGAUGAUAGCAGCGAAGUCAGACCUGCCAGAGAUCAAACAGAUGUACGGCUGCAGUCCUCUGGAGUUCUGUAGGAGACACAAGAUGCCACCUCCCCAGUCGUUCACCUGUAACACUGCAGCAGCACCCAGCAGAGACAUCUACACCAAACUGACCACUAUGGCCAUGUACCCCCACGCCCGGCUGCGCUGCAUGUGCACUUGUAACCGGUGCACCUUCUGCUUGUGUCAGAACUUCCUCAACUCUGAGCUGCUGCAGACGGUCAGGGCCAAACUCUACGGUGUUGUACUCAGAAGACACGUGAGCCAAGCUGACGUGAAGAGCUCGACCUUCUGGCUGAGAGCAAGUGUCGGAGCCACAGUGUUUGCAGUGCUGGGCUUCGCCAUGUACAGAGUGCUGCUCAAACCACGGUGAUCCACGGCAGCCGGGUCCAACCCAAAUAGUCAGUCACAACAUUAGGCUUUCCCAAAUGAAAUUUGUAUAGAAAAUCUGUCAUGGUUUUGACGUUUAAUGAUUCCCAAUUUAAAAAAAACUUUAUUUUGUUUUUGCGGGGCGGCGGUGGCGGCAAAUGUUCAUUUUCAUUCCACUGUACAUUUCUCUUCUUGGGGAUAAAAGAAAAAAUAUUUAAUUUUGUACCAAAAUGGCUAAUUUGCUUAAUCGGUUUGUCUGCAAGUAUUUGCACAGUAAUAUAUCUAUAUUUAUAUUGAAAGUGAGGGCAGGCUGCUGGGCCAUGGUGAGUAACAUAUGAGUGAGUUAUAUAUGUAGCUAUUUUUUGGUUGCUUGUUGACUUGAACAUGAACAACUUGGUGUCAGUUGUAAUAGGGAUUGUGAUAUGUGAGGUAUGCAAUAGCAUUGAUGCUUUUAUUAGACUGAACAAUAUGUAAAUAGUGUAUAUAUUAUAGUAGACUGUACAUUUGUUUGUCUUUGUCCAAAAGGGUCUAAUUCAUACUCAAAACAAUGAAUGCAAAGGUAUUAGUUUAACAGCCUGGUCAUGAACUCGCACAAACAUUAGCAUUGAUUAUUCACACUGAUAGAUAUUGGUUUGCUUUUCAAGGCCAAACACUUGGAUGCACACUUAAAAAAAAAAAAAAAAAGCUGGUCAGUGUUUUAUGUGUGGAAUGGUCUGCUGCUCUCUGUCAUGUCUUCCCUUGUUGGUCACUUUAUUUGUCAGCUCGUGCGUGCGUGUGUGUGCUAAGAUAUUGAAAAUCUGCACUCCAUUCUGUACAUUUUCUCUUUGCAUGCUUCAGAAUUUCCAAUCACAUUCUAGUGUUUUAAGACUUACUGUACAAAAAAACUUCUCCACAUUGCUUUCCCAAUAAUCCAGGGAUGCAGUAAAGUGUAUUGACAGGAGUGCUGCUAGGAGAGUAGUCAUUGUGAACUUUGACGUUUUUUUUAUCCUUGUGAGCUCUCCUGAUUGCAGAAGAUGCAAUAAUAUGGCCUCAGAUGUUAAUUUCCAUGCAACUGCAAUUGCAUGCCACAAGGUUCAGUCUGAUGUAUUCACUCAUCCCUGCUUUUCCAAAAGUUUACAAUAAAUAAAUUGUCUAUGUCUAUUA